AUGACCGCCCUCUUCAACUUCCAGUCCUUGCUCCAAGUCAUCCUCCUCCUGAUAUGCACGAGCACAUACGUGCAUCACUUUGCCCCGGGCAUCAUGGACCGAAACAAGAACGGGGUUAUGGGCAUCUUCUGGAAAUGCGCCAGGAUAGGCGAACGGCUGAGCCCGUAUAUCAGCAUCUGCUGCGUCCUCAUGGCGGUCUCCCUGUUAAUCUAG